AGAGCUGCCAAGCAGGAACAGGGGAGCACCAGCCGGGACAGAAGCUGAGACCACCCAGCAGAGGAGCUAGGCCAGGUCAUCUGCAUUUGUCACCCAGUGACUCUUACCAUGAAGACCCUCCUACUGUUGGCAGUGAUCAUGGUCUUUGGCCUACUGCAGGCCCAUGGCGAUUUGCUGAAUUUCCGGAAAAUGAUCAAGUUGGCGACAGGAAGGGAAGCCACAACCAGUUAUGGCUUCUAUGGCUGCCACUGUGGCGUGGGUGGCAAAGGAACCCCCAAGGAUGCAACGGACCGCUGCUGUUUCGCUCAUGACUGUUGCUACAAACACCUGGAGAGACGUGGAUGUGGCACCAAAUUUCUGAGCUACAAGUUUAGCAACAAGGGGAGCAGCAUCACCUGUGCAAAACAGGACUCCUGCAGAAGUCAACUGUGUGAGUGUGACAAGGCUGCUGCCAGCUGUUUUGCUAGAAACAAGAGGAGCUAUAAUAAAAAGUACCAGUACUACUCCAAUAAACAGUGCAGUGGGAGCACCCCCCGCUGCUGAGUCCCCUCCUCCCUGGAAGCCCUGCCUCCCAAUUCUGAGUUUCCCUCUCUCAUACUCUCCCUCCCUGCCCUAACCAAGUUCCUUGGCAAUGCAGAAAGCAUCUGUCACCCACCCUAGAGGCCAGGCAGGAGCCCUUCCAUCCCCACCCAGAAUAAGAUGCCCAGCAGGAGAUUUCCAGCCCUCCACUGCUCUCCUCCACCUCAACUUCCUGCUUAACCAAAGCAGGUGCACUCCGAGGGGUCUCUUCUAAAUAAAGCAAUUAGCAAAUCA